UUUCAGCUAUUUUAUUUUGGUGUUUAUUGUUGCCUGUUUAUUCAUGUCCUACGUGCAGAUCUCUACUUCAACGGAGGCAGCUUCUCAACAGUUGGUAACUGAAAUGAAGGAAUAUAUCACCAAAAUUGGAGUUGGAGAACAGAUGAUUAAGGAAGGAUUAGAAAUUGUUACAAACAACAAAAACCAUUUGAACAAUUCAAUUGCUGCUUUUGAGAGAAUUGUGAUCGGUAACGUAGCAAAAUUGUUUGUAUUUACUGCUGAGGACAAGUAUUCUUUGUCUAAGAAUGGACUUCAAGUGAAAAUAAAUGAGGAUGCACAAUAUAUCAAUAUCAGAGGGUUAGCUAAUUUAAUUGAUGACAAGAAGUUCAAAUAUUUUGAAGUUUGUUUGGACAAUUUUGAUUUUGCUUCCGUUGGUUUGGCAACUAAAGAUUAUUCUUCAACAGCAUUUGUUGGCUUCUUACCGUCUUCGUGUUCUAUUGCAAGCGAUGGGAAUCUGUAUGUUAAUGGCACGCCAAAAAAAAUUCUGAAAGAUGGAUUUACCUCAAAAUGUACAGUCGGUGUUGGAGUUAAAGAAGUGGCUCAGCUUCUUGAUUGUAUUUAUUACCGCCGUAAAUAUGUCUACUUUAGUGUUAACGGGGAGAAAAUCGGCCGCAGCAUUCCUCUUAGUGUGGAUGGACCUUUUCCUUAUGUCUCAAUUCGUGGUCUUGGGGCCACUGCUUUCUUCAACUUCGCGAUAGGGAGUUUGUCUACAAAGAGGGAGGAAAUAAAUAAAACAAUAUAA